AAGAGACCCACCCUUCCAACGACAUAAAGUGAAAAGAAAAAAAUAACGAUAAUUAAGCAUAAACGGGAACAACAAAACAUAUGCCAAACAAUGGCAGACCAGGCGAGACACGAGGAUUCAGACACGGCAGACGUUGCGCAGCAGGCACCUGCCGUGAUGCGGUCGAAUGACGGGAUUGAUGAGUUGUCAAACAGUCCGAGGGCAGCGCCUCUUCAGCCUUCGCCCUCGCUGCCCAGACGCGCUCGCAAAUGCCGGUUCUUUGGGUCGAAAGCCGGAUGUAGAUCGGGGAGCAACUGCCCUUUCUUGCACGACGCUUCUGGUCCGCAAAGAGCGGAACUCCACCAGAUCCAAGCGGCGGCAUCCCAUAGAGACGGUGUUACUGCCGCACCAAGUUCAGCCCGGGGAAGAAAUGAUGGGCCGAGCUGUGACGGUGUCGUCGGCGGGCGCACAAAGCCUGCGCCGCUACAUCGUCCCGAGUGGAGAGUGCAAAAGCCGAUCUCUCAGGCCCAGGUCGACGACCCGAGGAUGUUUCAAUUGAACCAGGUGCGGAGGAGGUACAGGCCGGCAGAAUCCCAGAAUACGGAGUCGACCGUGCUGGACCUGAGGAUCGUGCCUUCGGAUCCAGACUUCCCCUUUGAGCUCGAGGCGUUGGAAUGUCGCCUGACGGUACCUAUGUCCUUCCCUGCUGAGAUGCCCAGGAUACGCGUCACCAACAAGGAGAUGGGGAAGGGUUAUCAGCUCAACGUGGAGGCAGGUUUCUAUCAGAUUAUGAGAGACCGGCCGCAGGGCACCAUGCUCCAGUGGCUCAACGAGCUCGACAGACGACUCGAGGCUCUCUUGGCCAAAGAAAAGGCCGACACCGUCAAGAUUGUUGUGCCCCCAGCAAAGAAGUCUGAACGAGCCCAGGAGCCGGUCGCGGUAGACAAAGGCAAGGCUAAAAUGCCAGAAGUGUCCAAGCCUCAGGCACAGCCUGCCGAGCCUGCUCAGCCUGCUCAAUCUGCGUAUGGCACACAGCAGCUGCUCGACGCAAAGUCCAAGCGUGAGAUGGACACUCUACAGCUGGAGUGUCGCCUUGGCCGACUGCCCCAGUACGCCAAAUCAGACGAUGGUCUAGUGUAUACCAUUCCCGUAGAACCACGUAAGCGCGACGAGCUACCAUCAUCGAUCCAGUCCGUGAAGACACUUAAACUGAUCGUGCCGCAACUGUACAACCUUCAGCCUUGUAGAAUUGAGCUCGAUGGAGUGACGGGUCACGAUGCGGAGAUUUUGCACGAAGCGUUCACGGCUCGCUGCACGGAGAUGCCAAAUUUAUCACUCGUUUCACAUCUCAACUAUCUAAUGCAAAAUAUGCAUACAAUGGCUGCCACGACCUUUGUUAAGAAGGUCGAGCCAAUCCCAGCCGCUGUGCCUGAACCCAACAUCGCGGAGGACAAAUCUGAGCGUCGGUCGACGGUCCCAUCCGCGACGGACGAUUCUCGAAGCCACAUAGUUAAGAUUCCACGACCGCCGGAGUGGGAUGUCCGCGACGAAGCAAGUCCGUCAGAGAGCGACGACUCGUACGCUUCAAGCUUAGACGAGGACAACAACAGCGUGGAAAGUGAUGUGGAAGCGACUCAACCUCAAGGCGAGGGUUCUGAUGUCCAACGAGGAAUUUUGGUGUCCUUCCCACACCUGGAAAUGCAUGGCAUUGAGCUCAUGGAAGUGUAUUCAAUAUCGUUGGAGGUCAAAUGUGACCGGUGCAAGACUCAGAUGGACGUGAUGAACGUGAAGAACAACGCCAAAGUUGACUCCGCCGGUGUUCGAUCCGAGUCUUGUCGGAAGUGCGCAAAUGCAAUCAGCAUCGGAUACAGGAUGGAUUUGAUACACGCGAACUCUGUCAAAGCCGGCUACGUCGAUCUGGAUGGAGCAACGAUCGUUGAUCUGCUGCCUAGCAAUUUCAUUCCUACGUGUUCGCAAUGUUCGACAGCGUCACCCCAGCCGGGCGUCAGCUCCGUGCGAGGCGAAUCAACAAUGGCGGUCUGUCGAAGAUGCCACGGAAAAAUGACUUUUCGCAUCCCCGAAGUUAAGUUUCUUCGGAUCAGCGCCGCGGCAGUUCGAGCUAGCAGAGCGCCGCCUCGUAAGAAGCAUAAAGAACGACUAGGCUUGACGGUAGGAGAAGAGCUUCCGAAACGUGGUCGGUGCAAGCAUUACUCGAAGAGCAUGAGAUGGUUUAGGUUCUCCUGUUGCAGCAAAGUGUUUCCUUGCGACAGGUGCCAUGACGAAGUCGCCGAUCACCCUACCGAACACGCAAACCGCAUGAUUUGUGGCUUCUGUUCCCGCGAGCAGAACUAUCGGCCAGAGGACUGCGGAUUUUGCCAUGCUGUCCUCACAGGAAGGAAGGGUUCUGGCUUCUGGGAGGGUGGUAAAGGUAAGAUCUACCCUUUUGUUUUUGGCUUGGUUUGCGUUCCUGUUUCGGGAAAACGAAGUCGUUCCCUCCCAAGUCGCAACAUCGACAACCAUGACUACUAUGACCACGCGCACAAAGCCGCAUACGUAUCGUUCAAGAUCGCCAGGCACACGACUAUCCAGACGGCAUCUUAAUCACGUGCUUUGCGUGCCAUUGGUGGGAUGCCGGAUCUUAUCCAAGACAAUGGUAACCGAUGUCACCGAGCUUAAAUUUGCGGGACAGAAUGACACGCUCACAUCUACUCACGAGCCGAACUUCUUGGCCUCCCUUCAAUGACGGUUCAGAAAAAGCAGCAAGGCGCAACGGCUUUCUCGAUUAUUACCCCGGUUUAAAGACGGCGAGUUGUAUUGAUCUUUUGAUGGAGUUUGGUAGGCUGUCCGGGGUGGUUGCACUUGCAUGACAUCCCGGCUGGCAUGUGAAAUGAGGCAGCCUCAAAACACAUGCACAUUCUCCAUCCAAGCGAACACACAAGGGCACCACGCAAUCCGCCUAUCAUUUUCGAUCGCACUUUGCCACAGCGUCGGAUUCUUGUCGUGAUCAUCCAUCACAAUGCAAGGCGUUGCACGCUGAUGUCUUCGGCUACAAGACUCCUGCGAGGGAGGGGAAGUUGGGGGUAGUAGGACCGAAAGUAGUCGCAAGAUUACUGUCUCUCCCGCUUUCCCCUCUCUCUGGCUGUGCGCGCCACACUUUCAAGAGGCGUGUUGAUGUCCUUCGCGAGGUUAACGCGUCGAGAACGCGACGGCGGUGGACUUUGGUCGCGUUAUGGAUGGACAUUAAACUUUUUGUUCCUUCGAUGGCACGCAUUGCGCUUAUGCACGAGCACCUGGAGUUGUACACGCCUUUUCGCCCUAGAAUCGGCCCUUUGCACGUGCCCCUUUGUGCUCACAUCUGCAAGCCCUCCCUCUCCGGCCCCUAUCCCAAUUUACGGGCUUUUGCGUUGUCUCCUUUUUAUCGUUUCUCCCCCCACCCCCAACAGCCUCAGCAUUGAGACUGACGUCGUGAUUGUUCUGCACAGGUACCCGCGAUCAGAUCAAGAUGUCGAGAAAGGAUCCCAGGAAGUAUAAACGGAUGCCGGGAAGCAGAGUCGGGCCGGGCAGCAGCUCGAAAACGAAGUGAUGAUCAGCUUGGCCGGGUAACUUUGUGAGCUCUGGCCAGCAUGACGAAGCAAAAGCACUGCACAGCCAAGUCGAACACAGCUGAGGAUUGGGUCUCACUAUGGCCCUUUUUCUUUUUAUUCACAAAUCCGAUCUUGAGACAGAGUGUCGAUCAAGCAUCCCACGCCUUCGUUACGGCGACGAGUUUAUUGAGCGCUGCACAAGAAUCCCGCUUGCAGUAUUGAACUUGAAUGCCCCUGAGCCACUCUGUCCGUCAAAGCUGCGUUUGUUCUGGAUGUAGAUUUGGUUUGUUCUUCAAAUUGACACAGAAGACAGACUAUCUAUUAACGUGCUAGCUCACAAUGAAUGCUAUCGUUGAGAAGUUUCUUCA